UGUAUCUGCUACGGUGUUAGGCGUUCCCCGAGGUACUUAUUAGCCAUCGUGGAUUUCCGAGAGAGAACGUCGCUUCUUCUGAUCACGAAGGAGUGAGCCUACACGAACUGACGUCCAUCAGACACACCGUCCACAUCAACAACGCGUUGCCAUGGCAACGGGACGUGAAGCGUAGCCAUAGCAACGUGAGGAGAGAGAGCGGGUGGAAUAUCUAACGGUUACCGGGAGGAGACUUUCAGUUGGGGGUCCAGCUCGUCGCGCGGACGCGAUGUGUUGAUGGACGAGAACGUGGUUUACUUAAAACGCCUUCAGAUUUCUGAAGCUCCUUCGGUGUGACUAAGUGCUUGUGGUGGCGGAAGAUGUCGUUUCUCACCUUGAUGGCCGUGGGGGCAGCAAUUUGUCUAUCAGCUGAUGCGGCAAGAUAUCGCGUGGCGCCGAAGUCGACAGCUGUAUUACAGGGCCAAAGAGUCACCCUACAAUGUGCAAUAGAUAACCUUUCAUCACGUGCUGUGGUGUCGUGGAUGGGACCUCCGGAUUUCCAGAUCAUUGCCAACGGAGAUGUUGUAAAUCCGGAUUAUCCUCGGUACCGGAUUACCGGGGAUCACUCCAGAGGUGUAUACAACUUACAAAUCUCCGACACUAAGCUGUCGGAUCAGGGGAACUACAGAUGCAGUACGUUUGGGCUGAAACCGGCACAGGCGACACUUACUGUCGUAGUUCCGUUGCCGAGACCACCGUCCAUAUCCGGAGGACAGACUCCUGUCAUCUCCUCUCAGCGACUCAUCCUCACCUGUACCUGUACCGGUGGUCACCCCCCUCCCCAGGUCACGUGGUACAAUGGGUCACGUGAGGUGGAUCCGGCCUACGUCAGCACGGAGACUAGUGGGACUCGGAUCGUCCAGACCCUGACUGUAGAGGCGGUCAGCAAGUGGGAUAACGGGGCGAACCUGUCCUGUACGUCUGACCAGCGGUUCCCGAACCUGGUCAAACCGAAGACCUCCUUCAGGAUUCUUCGAAUUCACUACCCACCCACCGUCAACGUGCCGAAAUCCUCCAUCCACGUCAAGGAGGGAAUGCCAACCAACCUGACAUGCGCAGUAGACAGUAACCCCCAGGCCAUGAUAACAUGGGAAAAACUGGGGCAUCCCUUUCCUAUCAGAGGGGACGAGAGGUUCCUCCGCUCCAGGAAGCCGACCCUGAACCUGCCUAAGGUGACCAGGUACGACGGCGGCACCUAUCAGUGUACGGCCGACAACGGGGUGGCACCGAGCGGGAGGGGGACUAUCACACUCAGCGUGCUGUACCGCCCUUGGAUCGACCCCACGAUGGAGAAGAAAGUCACAAUUUUGAACGGUCAGGAUAAUUUCUCCCUGGAGUGUCUCGCUGACGGGAACCCCAAACCUCGAAUCCGCUGGCGGCGGAAGGAUACAAGUUUGUACUGGGAAAACCCGCUGCGGUUCCACAGGGUGCGGUAUGAUAUCGAGGGGACGUAUGAGUGCGUCGCCACAACGAAAGACUUUCCGGAAGUGACAAAAGAAACUUUUAUAGACGUCGUCGGCCGACCACAAAUAAGGGAAGAGACUAGUGACGUAAUUUCCUCCACGGAAGGAGAAGCGACCAGCCUUACCUGUGACGUCAGAGCCGAUCCCCUCCCCACCAAAAUCACGUGGUUAUGGCGUGACACCCAGGGUGUUGAGGUGGAGCUGAGCCAUGUACAGGGAGACACUAGCGUGAAGGAAAGCUCCAGUAAGGAUGAGAAGUCGUCGUCCCUCACACUCAAGAACGUAGCCAUAAGCAAUGGCGGCACUUAUGUGUGCCACGCAGCGAACAUGUUUGGUACUGCACAGCGGGAAAUCCAUCUCAAUGUCACGGAGUCGUACCGUUCCCUGGCCACUGUGAUCGCCAUCACGAUAGCCGCCAUGAUCGUGCUGGCAGGGCUGGUGAUCGGGCUGCUGCUGGCCAGGAGGAGAGGCUGGAUCUGCGGGGGACUACGAACAGAUGAUAAGAAUAUGUCUGCGCCCCGCCCCAUGCCCCCGGUACCUAAAUACGCACACAAGACUGGCACCAUAGACUCCGGUGUGGAGGAUCUGGAGCUACAUGAGAUGGAGGGUACUCUAAAGCCACGACCGCCGCCGAGAGUGGACAAGGACUGGACAGCUAUCGGAUUGACCUAUACAGGCCUAGCCCACCCCUCGACUCUCCCGCCCUACUCUACGGUGGAACGACACCGGCCAGACGGAGAGGACCUACAGGGGGACGGGAUCUUCCACGAACCGCUCGGUCAUCCCCACCCUCCGACCAGACACAGUCACGGCCGCCUGACGCUUGGCGGGAAACGGGCUACAGCCAGACGGACCCAGCUGGACAACGUCAUCAACGAACAGCAAUCAUUGUAACAUGCUUUAUUGGACAAAAUGUAAGCCAGCAAACAAUAGAGAAAAUUAGUGAGAACACAACAAAUGAAAUUUGUUCAACAAAUGAAAUUUGUUAUUCUGUGUUUGAAUAUCACUUUUCGAAUGUUAAUGUACAAGAUCUAAAACAGUCUUUAAAUGUUGUGGAAAUGACUGCUAUUGCUAUAAAGUGAAUCAUAAUAGUGUAAAAUGGUACAAUACUAUGGAUAUAUAAUAUCCUUAUCGGCUGCUAUGUUAAACAUCCCGUAUCUAUCUCGAGUACAGAAAACUGUAAAAACACGAUUUAACGGGCUUUCAUUCGCCUAUCACAGAUUGCUGUACAUUGUCGCAACUCAACGAGAUAAAUCAAGGCCACGGCAUUUCAGAAGAAAAAUCUGUUUGUAUACGGAAAUACAAUACCUGUUUAAAGGCUGCGUAACUUAGUCUGAAUUACGUCAUGUGGAAUGUACAGGUGUAAUGUGGAACAUAUCUACGUGUAUGUUAUCGGUGAAGGAAAGCAAAACAACAAAAAUCUAACUGCAAAUAAAACUUAAAAGGACGUCAAAUUUACAUGCCAUUCCCCAGUGAACCGCAGGCUUCUAUUAUUGAAUUGUUGACCUAAAUUAGAUGUGUUCAUUUAAUUUGUGUACGGAUAUAAAGUCUUAAAUUGUAACAUAAUGUUGACUACCGUCACAGAUGAACUUACAUUCACGUAGAUGUGUUCAUAUUGAAGGAACGUCUGCCUAUCUAGUUAUAUGUUGUGUACAUUGAAGUCAACACAAUAAUGAUUUCAAAUACUAGCGUGUACAUGCUUGGAGCGAAACACUAGUUCGUUCUAUUCCUCCUCUUAAGGUAGGAAUGUUUUGGCAAACUUUCAAUAAAAUGAAUUUCCACAUAUCAAUGGCAUCAUCGACAUCUCGUUGCUUUAAUCUGUGACGUAUGUAUCGUCAAUGAUGUCCAAAAUAUCUGUCGGGGAAACAUACAUGUUUUCGUGGGCGAUGUAGCUGAUGUUUACAAGUUCACCUUUCAAAGACGAUGAAAUAAGUUGUGUUAUUUGCUCGGCUGUUUAUCUGACAUUAACUAAGUGAAACAGGAAACAACUACAAUGGAAGCCGCUUAAUUGCACACCCAAUUUGCCAACGAAUCCCGUGCAAUUAUCCGGCGUGUACGAUAAUGCGAAGUUAAGCAGUUGGACCGCACCACCACGGGAUUUGGGGAUGCCGUGCAAUUGACCGAAGUGUGCGUUUAUCCGACGUGCAAUUAACUGGCUUCCACUUGUAUCUCGUAAGACCUGGAAAUAUACAUUAGGCCAUAUCAUGGAAGGAUGUUCUCUCCUUAUGAUAUGUCGGCUUAUAAGUGGAAUGUAUCGAUUAUGCUGCCAGUCAUGACCUACCCUAUGUUUUCACAGAAAUUAUUAUAUACCCUGGUCCAUCAUUGGCCCCAUCCUGGCCACUGGUGUCUGCACCAGAAUUAAACGAACCUCCUCCGCCACCGUUUAAAACAUCACGACAUCCCCUUCCCCCGCCUGAGUAAC